AUGAACACGACUAAGAGAUUUACGAAUAAAAAUCAAUGCGAAGAUGCCAAAGAUACGCUUCGCAAGUAUCUAAAGCAAACGCCGACUGUCACUAGGCUGCAUAUGGUUAAGAAAUCCAAAUCAACUUCAUACUUGUCCAUUGGAGAAUACCCUAACUAUGAUCUGAAGGAGAAUGCCAAUGUGAAGACCAAACCGGAACUGAACGCGGCCUGGCAACUGGCCGAAUAUACUACAAUCCAUAGUUCCGACAGUUCGGAAAGCUUAGAAAUGAUUCCAACUUUUGAUAAUAUCAAACCAGGCCCCAAGAAGUUUACAAACAAACCAACUAUUGCUCCAUUACGCAAAAAAGGUGUGAAGACUGGCAAGGCAGUGAUGCCAAGCUCACCAAAAAAUCGCUUGGCACAUCUGCUCAAGAAGUCCCCUCCCUGCAUUAACUUCAAUAACAUCAUUAUGGUGGAUGCCAAAACCUUCGCAUCCAAGAGACACAAGAAGAGCACUGUGAAGACUCCCAAGCGUCUAUAUGGGGGCCUGGAAGCGACCGAUACGCGCUUUCACGUGGGUCCGCCAAGUGAAAAAAUGCCUCCUCCACCGUCGCAGCCUCUCAUAAAGAGGAUCAGAUCAUCGACCAGAACCUACUGCGUCCCCCUGUGUAGCCCCCCGACCGUGAUUCUUGGCAUGGGCACCGAAUACUCAUAUCGCAUGCAUCAACAAAGGGCUCUUCAUCAUCAGUUCCUGCAAAAGAAGCAGCAACAGCAAUACCAACACUUGAUGCAGACUCGCCGAACCCGUCGCUCAAGGACUCCACUGCCGCCACCCCAACGCCCCCUGCAACUAUACAGAGUGCCAACCGAACCCUAUUUAAAGGGGAAUGUGCGCUAUUGUGGCAACUACUAUUACGUCUGA